UACGUCGCUCAAAAGCUGCUGAUGAAGAAAGGAGCCAUAAAGCACGCCGGGCUCGUGAUGAGUAUCGGCGGCAAUCCUUGCGGGCCAUCCAGAAAGGAAAAGUGGCUGGUCUAAGUAACCUAUUUCAGGCACCUGGUCUGAAUACCCAGCAAGAGGCAAAGUUGACCAAUGCCUGCUCCAUGUCACCAUUGACUUUGACAAUACCAACCAGCAAAGCUUGGGAACGGCCUCCGAGACCUUUCUCCAGAGAAGUCAUCAUUCAGUGGUUCAAAGAAGAACAGCUUCCACGUCGUGCAGGGUUUGAAAGGAACUUGGACAUUGUGGCACCUUGGUUUCAUGGCAUUAUUACUCGUCAAGAGGCAGAAGAACUGCUGAUGAACAAGUCUGAAGGUGCAUUCCUGGUGCGGGUCAGUGAGAAAAUCUGGGGAUAUGCCCUCUCCUAUCGUCAUCAGAGUGGCUUCAAACAUUUCUUGGUGGAUGCUUCUGGAGAUUACUAUAGCUUUCUGGGAGUGGAUCCCAACCGGCAUGCAACACUCACAGACCUUAUUGAUUUCCAUAAGGAAGAAAUAAUCACAUCUUCUGGAGGAGAAUUGCUAGUAGAACCUUGCAGCCAGACAAAGAACCCUCCUGACUACAGUCCCUUGUUUGAAUGACAGUUCUUUUGUUUUUCAUUUGAGGACUACAGUGGCAUAAACAUGCUUUAUAUGACAAAGCAAGCCUGUUAUCACCAGCUAAUGACCAAAAAACCUUAAUCCACAGAGGUCUUAUAUAAACGAUCCAGCUAAUAAUGUGCAGACAUCAUUUGUAUCAUUAGUAAUACAAAGCUAAAAGAAACAAGAGGACAAUUCCUUUGUACGUGUACUUCAAAAUAUGGCUGAAGUGAUGAUAAAAAAUAAUAGGAAAGGAGGUGCUUGGUAAUAGAUGCAAUCACUUAACUAGCCUGUAGUGAGUUUUGAAAUUCUCAAGAGUGUAAUCUUUGGCAGCUAGAUGUAUACUGGUGAAUUUUUUUUAUAAGUUUAUGGUAUGGAAAUGUAGCAAUAGUUAUUUUGUGAGCUUCAAAUGGAACAUGAUGGCAGGAGAACUAUUUGUUCAAAUUUGUUUCUUCUCCAGUUAUUCACAGCAUACGGGUGGGCAGAUUUUAACUGUAGCAUGAAAGGGGUGUAUUACCGAGGAGAAUAAAGCUCUUCCUCCACACACCACUUUGCUCUUGUAGUCCUUUCACCAGUCGUAGGGACACAGGAAGCUGCCUCAUACGGAGUCAGGCCCUCUGUCCAUCGAAUCCAGGAGUGUUGA